GUUCGCGUUAUUCACCGCUGCGGGACAGGGUUCGGUUCGGCCGCCACCCCGCCGCUAUCACAGCUCAGGAGACACCUGGGAGUCCAUGCAACUCGGGAAUCCCUUCGGGUUUCUGGCCUGUAGCCGUUUGUAGGCUCCUGUUUAUCUUCCCCCUUAACCUUGCCUGAUCUUUUCCUGUCGAGCAUCUUGGGUGUGUGCUAAAAGCAAACUCUAGCCUCAGAUCUCCGUAGCUGAAUAUGUUCCCUGCCAGGAAGUGGUCUGGAGCUUUCAGAGCCAUCAGACUGCAGCAUUUCAGAUCCCAUUCUGUAUCCAGAGCCUCUCCAAACUUGAUUUUCGUGCCAGCCUGUCUGCCCCCAGACCCCGUGGAAGUGGAGGAGCUGCAGCGUUUUGUUUCUAACUCCAAGAGGCUGUUUGUAAUGACUGGAGCUGGAAUCUCCACGGAGUCAGGGAUCCCCGAUUACCGCUCGGAGGGUGUUGGGCUCUACGCCAGGACAGACAGACGGCCUGUCCAGCACGCUGAGUUCGUCCGCAGCGCCAGUGCCCGGCAGCGCUACUGGGCAAGGAACUUCGUGGGCUGGCCCCAGUUCUCCUCCCACCAGCCAAACAAAGCACACCUGGUACUGAGAGACUGGGAGAAGCUGGGCAAGCUGCACUGGCUGGUGACCCAGAACGUGGAUGCCCUUCACAGCAAGGCUGGGAGCCAGCGCAUGACGGAGCUGCACGGCUGCACACACAGGGUUUUUUGCUUGGCCUGUGGAGACCGAAUCUUGCGUUCUGAGCUCCAGGAGCACUUUGAAGCUCUGAAUCCUACUUGGAAAGCUGAGGCGUUUGGCGUGGCUCCGGAUGGGGAUGUUUUCCUGACGGAUGAGCAGGUGCGCAAUUUCCAAGUCCCAGCCUGCCGUAAGUGUGGUGGAAUCCUGAAGCCUGAUGUGACAUUCUUUGGAGACACAGUGAGCCAGGAAAAAGUCAGUUUUGUACACCAGCGCCUGGCAGAAUCAGACUCCAUGCUGGUAGCAGGAUCCUCCAUGCAGGUGUACUCUGGUUACAGGUUUGCUCUCGCUGCCCGGGAGAGAGUACCUUCCCUGGUUAGUCACCUUACAGGGUAA